AAAAGAAAAAAAAAAAAAAAAAGUGCGCGAAUAUAUAUAUGCUUAGUCAUCCGCUAGUAGAAGGACCAGCGAACCAUCAUAAUCAUCAUGCGAGUUCAUCAUCCAUUUCUCCAUCUUCAUGCCCAAACAGCUCCACACAGAAACAAAGCAUUCCCUCCGUACGAUAGCUGUCUUCCGCCCUACUAUUCCCAUACAUCCCCUAGCACUGAGCUAUCUUGGAUGCGCCUUUCACUCGACAUGUCAGCGACCCCGUCUGGUUACUCCAUAAACGUCAAUGACCCCAGUCUUAUUUCGCUGGUAAAUAAGCUGCAGGAUGUCUUCACGACCGUUGGAGUACAAAAUCCCAUUGAUCUGCCACAAAUAGUGGUUGUUGGUUCGCAGUCGAGUGGAAAAAGUUCCGUAUUGGAGAAUAUCGUUGGAAGAGAUUUUCUCCCUAGAGGUUCUGGAAUUGUCACUCGACGGCCACUUGUUCUGCAACUUAUCAACAGACCAGCCUCGAAAGCACAGACGAAUGGUGUUAAGGAUGACAAGCUCGAUACCACCGAUAAGGAGGCCAACGUGGACGAGUAUGGCGAAUUCCUACAUAUCCCUGGCCAGAAAUUUUACGAUUUCAACAAGAUCAGAGAUGAGAUUGUACGCGAGACGGAACAGAAGACUGGACGCAAUGCGGGCAUUUCGCCAGCUCCGAUUAACCUGAGAAUAUACUCCCCUAAUGUCCUGACACUUACUCUCGUCGACCUGCCGGGUUUAACCAAAGUCCCCGUCGGAGAUCAACCCAAGGAUAUCGAGAAGCAAAUAAGAGAUAUGGUGUUGAAGCAGAUCAGCAAGCCAAAUGCUAUCAUCCUCGCCGUCACCGCAGCGAACCAAGAUCUUGCGAACUCCGACGGCCUCAAACUUGCCCGAGAGGUCGACCCGGAGGGACAACGUACCAUUGGUGUGCUUACAAAGGUAGACCUUAUGGAUGCGGGCACGGAUGUAGUAGAUAUUCUUGCUGGCAGAAUUAUUCCAUUGCGCCUUGGCUAUGUGCCCGUCGUCAAUCGUGGACAACGGGAUAUUGAGAAUAAAAGACCUAUUUCCUAUGCGUUGGAGCACGAGAAGAAUUUCUUUGAGAACCACAAGGCUUAUCGGAAUAAGUCGACUUACUGUGGAACACCAUAUCUGGCAAGGAAGUUGAAUUUGAUCCUCAUGAUGCACAUUAAACAAACCCUUCCCGAUAUCAAAGCCCGUAUCGCAGCCUCUCUCCAGAAAUACACUGCAGAACUCCAUCAGCUUGGCGACUCCAUGCUCGGAAACAGCUCAAACAUAGUGCUUAACAUAAUCACAGAGUUCAGCAAUGAAUAUCGGACAGUGCUAGAUGGUAACAACCAGGAACUAUCUAGCGUUGAACUCUCCGGCGGUGCGCGUAUUAGCUUUGUUUUCCAUGAACUCUAUUCCAACGGUGUCAAGGCAGUCGAUCCAUUUGACCAAGUCAAGGAUAUCGAUAUUCGGACAAUCCUAUACAACUCGUCAGGUUCCUCGCCAGCGCUCUUCGUCGGGACAACCGCUUUUGAGCUUAUUGUGAAGCAGCAAAUCAAGCGGCUCGAAGAUCCCAGUCUAAAAUGCGUCUCUCUAGUCUACGACGAGCUAGUGCGGAUCCUGAGCCAGCUCCUCAACAAGCAACCGUUCCGGAGAUACCCACAACUGAAAGAGAAAUUCCAUAGCGUUGUCAUUUCGUUCUUCAAGCAGGCGAUGGACCCCACGAAUAAGCUAGUUAAGGAUCUUGUGGCGAUGGAGUCGUGUUAUAUCAAUACAGGCCACCCGGAUUUCUUAAAUGGGCAUAGGGCAAUGGCAAUUGUCAACGAACGAAACGCCGCCAGUAGACCAACACAGGUUGACCCCAAGACUGGAAAACCUCUGCCUGCAUCCGUAGUGCCACCACGAGCGGCAAGCCCAUCUCUGGACUCCAUGUCGGACACCAACAGCGGCUUCUUCGGCAGCUUUUUCGCAUCAAAAAAUAAGAAGAAGAUGGCUGCAAUGGAGCCGCCCCCACCUACACUCAAGGCCUCGGGGACAUUGUCUGAGCGCGAGAAUUCUGAGGUUGAGGUUAUUAAACUCCUAAUAAGCUCCUAUUAUAAUAUCGUCAAGAGAACUAUGAUCGACAUGGUACCCAAGGCCGUCAUGCUUAACCUCGUUCAACAUACCAAAGAUGAAAUGCAACGCGAACUCCUCGCCCAGAUGUACCGGGCCGAUGAGCUGGAUGAUCUCCUCCGUGAAAGCGAGUACACCAUCCGCCGGAGAAAGGAGUGUCAGCAAAUGGUGGAAAGUUUGACAAGGGCUAGUGAGAUUGUCAGUCAGGUUCAGUAGAGGAUAGUAGGUAGGCGUGCGGGAAGGAAGGGAUGAUUUCUGGUUUUUUGCUCUGCUUUGUUGAUUGAUACGUAGGUAGCUGUUUAGAGAUUUUAUGUAUAGGUUCUAUUUCGUUACAUCAUCUUUGAUUGGGUUGUGUUAUAUUUUUACGUUGUGUUUCUUCUUAUUUUUUU